GAUAAUGGCUCCAAGGACGAAAACUUCUUUUCUGGGAGAAGAACAAACUCUCCGGCACUUUACACAUCCUCAUGUCCUAAUCAAGGAAGAUGUAUUAGAUCAAGCGGUUUACGAGAAUGACGAAUUUGUAUGUGAUGGCUGCGCCACUCUAGGUACUGCUGCUAGAUACCAUUGCAAGCAAUGCGCUUUCGAUCUUCAUGAGGUUUGUGCUACAUGUCCUGAGUAUCUCACCUCUUACAUCCAUCCUAACCAUCCAUUGGAACGGAUAUGGGAGGGGCCCGGCACUGAUUACGGUCAGUGGCGUCCUUGCAAUGUCUGUGGUGAUCAAGUCAAAGGUCUCUUCUACAAGUGCUCAUCCGGUGCUGCUGAUCGCUAUGAUGAUGGGCGUCAUGACUUCUUCAUCCACCCUUUAUGCUCCAAAUUGGAAUUGCAAGUGCGUCAUGCAAUCGACCAAAACCACCCACUCAAGCUUCAAUCAGUUCCGGUUAUCCCCGAUGCCUGGUGUGCAAUCUGCAGAAAUCUUGUUUCUUCCUCUUCUUGGAGUUAUAGAUGUGAUCCAUGUGGUAUCAAUAUCCAUCACCAGUGUGUUACUCUUCCAUACCACAAUUAUCAGUCUGGACCUAGUUGUUUGCCCCAAAAAAAUCAGUCUGGACCUAGUUGUUCGUCCCGAAAAAAAGUGGCCGAUGCUGCGGCAGAUUCGGAAGCUUUGUAUGCUGAGAUGUUCUCUGCUAAAUUGAUGGCUAGAGCGCUAGACAAUGGUUUAAGUUACAUUUAACUAGCUAAGAACAUCCAGCUAGUGGAUCUUUCUUCAUCAAAGUAGUAACAUUUCGUGUGUGGGGAUUGUGUGACUCUUUUAUCUCCUGCCUCUUUGACUCCAACAAUGAUACAUAAUAAAUGUGAUUUCUGUUUCCAAUUGUGUGAGAAUUAUGCAAAUUCUGCAUACAAAGUUCUAAAAUACAUGGUUCAGAAAAAGAAGAAAAAAAGACAACAACAGAAUAGUAAUCUCAUCCUCAUCGCUAUUGUUA